AUGUCUCCACACGAGGAUAAUCCCCAAGCAGCCAGUGCCAAGGCUUCCCUUCAGAGCAACGACUCCUACAAGUACCAAUGGGCGAGGCAUGUGGCGCGUCGCAAGCUGGAAAAGGAUAGGGAAGAUGCCACUAUCAAGUUCCAAGGCCUCAUCGACAAUGCCCGUGCUCCGCAAUUCUUGGGCGAGGCCCCGACAACCGUCACCGGUCUUUACGAUCAGUUCACGCACAAUGGUCAGGCAGUAAGCAUGAUACCUCCUCAGCACGGUCAUUUCAAGUUGGGCAUCGUCGGUGCUGGCGCGGCAGGGCUGUUCACUGGCCUCGUUCUUGAUUGGAUCAACGAGACCAUCCAGAAGCACGUGGGCUUCGGGAAGCUCAAGAUCGACUAUGAGAUUCUGGAAGCAGCUGGUGAGGACCGAUUUGGGGGCCGAUUGUACACGCAUCGUUUCAGCAAGGACGGCACCCAUGACUAUUACGAUGUUGGCGCCAUGCGCUUCCCUGCCAACGAUGUCAUGGAUAGGACCUUCCGUCUUUUCAAGUUCCUUGACAUCAAGCAUGGCAAGCUUGGGGAACGCACGAGCCCCACGGAUUGGCCCGUUCUCAUCCCUUAUUAUCUUCGGGAUGACAAAGACGUCUGUCCGUCUUACUUCAACAAUGAGAAGAAGGUCGGAAGGGUCUGGGAAAAAGACGAGGUUGACCCAUACAAGCUCAACCAUGGAAUUUCCAAGGACCAGCAGAUCCCCCCGGAACUUCUGAAAGAAGACCCAAGCAAGAUAUUCCAGAAGGCAAUUCAGGGCUUCCUCGACACAGUCAAGGAAAAGUUCCAUCCAAAAAACGCAGAUGGUGGGGAACGACCACGGAACGAGAAGGAGGACAAGGAGCUUUGGAGUCUUCUCAUGAAAGCGGACCAGAUGAGUGUUCGGCAAUUUCUACUCUCUGACCAUAACCCUGAUGGCAUACCUCGUGGACCUAAGCACAGCUACAACACCAUUCAAUGGCUCGAGACAGCCACAUAUGGCACCGGCUGGUAUGACCAAAGCUUGACUGAAGCUGUCUUGGAAACUUUAGACUUCGACGUACCUGCGACUGAUCCUGCUAACACCAACGAUUACUGGUGGUGUAUGGACGGAGGUGCUCAGAAGAUUGCUGAGACAAUGCGCAAGAGGCUGAAGGAUCUGUCGGUCAUCAAGUACAAUACCCAGGUCGUCGGUAUGGACGCAAAUGUUGAGCUCAACGAGCGUGUCCGAAAGGAAAUGCAGCUGAACAUCAAGGACACUACUAACGACGAGACGUUGGAACCCAAGAGGUACUUCACCGUGUUCAACUCCGCCACCCUAGGUGCCACAAACCGAAUGGAUCUCUCGAACGCCGGCCUUCUCUGGGAUACAAAACAAGCCAUCCGCUGCCUCAACUAUGGGGCCUCCACCAAAGUUGGCAUCAAGUUCAAGACCGCAUGGUGGCGCAAAGAGCCCUUCAACAUUGACCAAGGCGGAUUGGCUCGCACGGAUCUUCCUCUACAAGUUUGUGUCUACCCAUCAUACAACAUCGAUAAUGACUUGGACCCCAUCGACAAGCCUGCAGUACUUCUGGUUUCCUACACCUGGGGUCAGACGGCCCAACGUCUUGCCACUCUCAUGGCCUCGAAAUCACAAAAGAGUAACGAAGAGAUCUUGAAAGAAGAGGCCGAGCUGAAGGACGUCCUUCUACGCGAUCUUGCCUACCUCCACGCCGAUAACCCGAGCAGCAAGAAGAGUUUCAGGAAGGCCCUUGACCUCAUCAAGGGAGAGUAUGUCGAGCAUCACGCCUACGACUGGUAUCACGACCCGCACAUGGCAGGCGCUUUUGCGUAUUUUGGUCCAUGCCAAUUUAGCAAGCUUUACCCAGCUAUCACCAAACCCAACGCCUCUGGGCAGCUAUUCUUCGUCGGAGAAGCAGCGUCUGCUCACCAUGCCUGGGUUGUAGGAGCCUUGGAGAGUGUCAUCCGAGCUUUGUGGCUCAUGUUCAACGUCUUGCAUCAGAGCAGCAUAACAGACCCACAACUACCCGGCGGCGAAGGGUAUGCGCCCUACUGGUGGGCUAUGCAACUCCUGAAGUCUGGUUUUUUGGACGAUGGAGACGUUCAUAUUCCUCCGAGUAUCGAUGCUUUGCCCUUCUACCCUCUCCCGGCUGAGAUGCCAGAGGCUUUAGACGGGGACAUCGCAGGCCCACAAGCCCCUAAAGAUGGCGGAAGCGGUCCGGGACAUGAUCUUCUGGACCACCCACAGAAGGAGACCCAAGACAACGAGCUUAUGUGGGGAGCUGCUUAUGUCGCAUUGGCCUUGGUUGAGUUCGCCUUGGAUAACUGGUUCAUUCCCGAGGCGGACGACGGUGACCCGAAACCCCAGUGA